GCAGGCGGAGGCCUGGCGGCCGGGCAGGGGCGCCAUGGCGGCGGCCGAGACGAAGAUCAUUUACCACCUGGACGAGCAGGAGACGCCGUACCUGGUGAAGCUGCCGAUCCCGGCCGAGCGCGUCACCCUCGGAGACUUCAAGGGCCUCCUCAACCGGCCCAACUACAAGUUCUACUUCAAGUCCAUGGACGACGACUUCGGGGUGGUGAAAGAAGAGAUCUCGGAUGACAAUGCCAAGCUUCCCUGCUUCAACGGCCGGGUGGUGUCGUGGCUGGUGUCUGCAGAGGGUUCCCAUUCAGAUGCUGGCUCAGUCUGUGCUGAUAACCAAACAGAGCUGCCACCCUCCAUGGAGCGCACAGGGGGAAUUGGAGACUCCAGGCCCCCCUCUUUCCACCCUAAUACUGGGGGGAGUCGGGAAAACUUGGACAAUGAGACAGAGACAGAUUCAGUGGUGUCAUCGCAAAGGGAACGACCUCGUCGGAAAGAUGGGCCUGAGCAUGCACCCAGGGUGAAUGGGACAGUGAAAGGAGAGCGGCGUCGAGAUCUGGGCGGGUACGAGAGCUCCUCCACACUCAUGAGCAGUGAGCUGGAGACCACCAGCUUCUUCGAUUCAGAUGAAGAUGACUCCACCAGCAGGUUUAGCAGUUCAACAGAGCAAAGCAGUGCUUCCCGUCUGAUGAGGAGGCACAAAAGACGCCGGCGGAAACAGAAGGCUCCACGCAUCGAGCGGUCAUCGUCCUUCAGCAGCAUCACAGACUCCACCAUGUCCCUGAACAUCAUCACAGUCACGCUGAACAUGGAGAAAUACAACUUUCUGGGCAUUUCCAUUGUGGGACAGAGCAAUGAGCGUGGGGAUGGAGGCAUUUAUAUUGGCUCUAUCAUGAAGGGUGGCGCUGUGGCAGCUGAUGGCAGGAUUGAGCCAGGAGACAUGCUCUUGCAGGUAAAUGACAUCAACUUUGAGAACAUGAGCAACGACGAUGCUGUGCGUGUGCUGAGGGAGAUUGUGCACAAGCCGGGGCCCAUCACCCUGACAGUGGCCAAGUGCUGGGACCCCAGCCCCCGGGGCUGCUUCUCGUUACCCAGGAUUGCUCCCCAGCGGAUCUGGGCUGGGCCAGACUCUCCAUGCUCCGAUCCGGGUGAGCCCAUCCGGCCCAUCGACCCAGCAGCCUGGGUGUCUCACACGGCAGCGAUGACUGGCACCUACCCAGCGUACGGUAUGAGUCCAUCCAUGAGCACAAUCACUUCCACCAGCUCCUCCAUCACCAGCUCCAUCCCAGAGACCGAACGCCUCGAUGACUUUCACCUGUCCAUCCACAGCGACAUGGCCACCAUUGUCAAAGCCAUGGCCUCACCAGAGUCAGGCCUGGAAGUGCGUGACCGCAUGUGGCUGAAGAUCACCAUCCCCAAUGCCUUCAUUGGUUCGGAUGUGGUGGAUUGGCUCUAUCACCAUGUGGAGGGCUUUACAGACCGUCGUGAGUCCCGCAAAUAUGCCAGCAAUCUGCUGAAGGCUGGCUACAUCCGACACACCGUGAACAAAAUCACCUUCUCAGAGCAAUGCUAUUACAUCUUUGGAGACCUCUGUGGAAACAUGGCUAAUCUGUCUCUUCACGACCACGAUGGCUCCAGUGGUGCCUCUGAUCAGGACACUUUGGCUCCGCUCCCCCACCCAGGAGCUGCACCCUGGCCCAUGGCUUUCCCAUAUCAGUAUCCACCACCUCAUCCAUACAACCCCCACCCUGGCUUCCCUGAUCCAGGCUACAGCUACGGCGGGGGCAGCGCAGGCAGUCAGCACAGUGAAGGGAGCCGGAGCAGCGGUUCCAAUCGCAGCGGCAGCGAGAGGAGGAAGGAGAGAGAGAAGACCGGGGAGUCCAAGUCAGGCGGCAGCGGGAGCGAGUCAGACCACACCACGAGGAGCAGCAUGCGGCGUGAGCGCGCGGCCAGCGAGCGCUCGGUGCCGGCCAGCCAGCACAGCCAGCGCAGCCAGCACUCCCUGGCUCACAGCAUCCGCAGCCACCACAGCCAGCAGUCCUAUGGGCCGCCCGGCCUCCCCCCUCUCUUCAGUCCCCCCAUGUUGCUGAUGCCUCCACCGCCGUCAGCCAUGGGGCCCCCCGGGGCGCCGCCGGGCCGUGACCUGGCCUCUGUGCCCCCCGAACUGACAGCCAGUAGACAGUCCUUCCGAAUGGCCAUGGGCAACCCCACAAAGAAUUACGGGGUGUUUGACUUUCUCUGAGCCUGCCGCCUGUGGGGGGGAGAGCUGGAGCGUGGCGUGGCCCGACAGCAGGACACGGAGCUCCACGGGCGCUGGGCACACGUGGCGCUGAAGAUGGCUUCUUUCCUCCCCCUUGUGGAAGAUGCCCUGCCCUUCCCGCAGCCCUGAGAGGGGAGCAGGGACCAGCCUUACUAGAAGCAUUUUAAAUCCCAUUUAGUUGCCUUUUGGCUAAUGUGUGAAUGUUCCAGGGCUUCAGUGCCUCCAAGGAGUGGAGACUUGCUGCCACUUCCGUCUUGCCUCCCUCCUCUUGCCCAUAAACUGGGCCAGGUCCAAGCCUGGCACUGCCCCAUCACAGGACUCUCCUUCACCCUGCCCAGGCUGCAAGGUUCAGGGCUGGGGCUGUAGCUCUGCAUUCAGUUUGGAGCAAUGGUGGGAGCCUGCACACGGUCUUGCAUGACUCGGGGCCCUGCGCCUGCCCCUGGGUACUUGGGGCGGGGGGUGUCAGGCCAGAGUUCUGCUCUUUGCCCUCCUCCCUGUGACAUGCUGCUGCCUGUCCCAUUUGUAGGUGCUGUGCCAUGCCAGGGACUGGUAGUGGCAGCUGUAGCCUUCUCCCUCCUACUGUCAUGCUGCUGCUCAGCACUGUGACAUUUUCUAGGGUCUGGAUGGAGAUAUUUGAGGGAAGGGCAUGACUGGUUAGCUUUCAUGCUUUGGGAUUUGCUGUAUUUGCCCUGUGAAGGGCCCGAGUCUGCCUCCCCCUCUGCCCAGCACCACAUGUCAGGAGGGAUGAGGUUCUGGGGCAGAGCUGGGAUGGCCCUACUGCCUCCAGGCUGUGAAUCAACAUGACCUCUCUGGGGAGGGAGGCUGCAGCCCGAAUCGUGGCCUCUGGGCUCAGUGCCUGCAGAUGUGUCAGGACAGUAGAGUCCGAUUGCCCCAGUGCUCCCUUUUUUCCCUUCCUCUUCUGGGUACUCAGAGACGUGCCCUGGGCUGGGGGCAGCUCCUUUCCCCAUGCCCAGGGCCAAGCACGGUACAGUCCAGUCGCACUGACCUGCUCCUAUUGGUGCUGGUGUCCUGGCACCGUCUCCUACUGCCAGGCCAGGUCUUUCUCUGGAAGUGUUGCCUCCUUUGGUCCUUCUUGUGUUUGCAGUUUUUAUAUGAUGGAGAUGAAAUGUAUUUUCCUCCUCGGGGCUUUGCAUUGCCCCUGCAACCCCUCUUCCAGCUCUCACGUGCCAUCAGUUCAUCUCCCUCCAGCCUCUCCUGCUCUGCCUGCCGGAGCCAGCUUGCUCAGUGCCUGCUCUUCCACCCUGUCCCCCGCCUCUCACCGGCAAGCUGCCACCUCUCCCCCCUCUUCCUGCCUCGCCAGCCACUGCUCAUGCCCUUGCCCUACCCUGCCCGCUGGGUUUUAUAAAAAGAAAACCAAUCUCCUUGUUUUUAUUUAUAAACAUAGUUUUAUUGGA